GCGGGGCCGGCCGGGGACCCCGGGGCAGGGCUGCAGUACCGGCGGACCCUUUCCCCGCACCGGGCUGGGGCUUCUCGGCCGCAGGGCAGGUCUCAGCCCCAGGAAACUAUUUUUUCCUACCCUGUCCACCUCGCCUUCAGCAGCGAUGUAUUUAUAAGCACAGAGGAAAGGCUGGGUCGCAGAGCUGGCCGGUACCCGAGAAACACGGCGAGCCCGGCCCUUUAUUGUUUUUGCCCCCAACUAUCAAUGUUGUAGGAAACGGGUAUUUUUUUUUCUGGACCGCUUAAUUUGGUUAUUAGACUGGCUGGUUGCUGGUACAGGAGCAUCCUCUGAACUGUGUUUCUUGCUUAGGUUGCAAAACUUGGUGCGAGCGGAACAAGUCAGAUUGUGGUGGGGGAGUCCUCAUUUGCGUGAAACUUUGCAUCACGGGCAGGGGUCCUGACACCAGAGUGAAAAGUGUUGGCACUUGUAGAAAUCACCUGGGCUUUGGCAUGACUAAGGCUUCUUAAGAUUACUAGUGGAAUGACUAACAACUCUGAUUCUCUAGGUAGUCAGUUCCUCAUAAAUAUUUACCUUGUUUUGACUAAGAAAUCGCUCACACGAAUGGGAGCCUUCCGGAUACGAAAGGAUGCUCUUUAACAUGCAGGUUGGACCUUGGAAACAGUCAUUCAGGCAUGGUUCAGAAACUUGACCAGAAGCUGCCUGUAGCCAACGAGUACCUGCUGCUUUCAGGUGGUGUGCGGGAAGGUGUGGUGGACAUUGACCUUGAUGAGCUGAAUGUUUAUGCACGAGGCACAGACUAUGAUAUGGACUUCACCCUGCUUGUGCCUGCACUGAAGCUGCAUGACCGCAACCAACCAGUCACUCUGGACAUGCGCCACUCAGCUUUGUGCCACUCCUGGCUGAGCCUGCGUCUGUUUGAUGAAGGAACUAUCAGCAAAUGGAAGGACUGUUGCACCAUCGUGGACCAUAUCAAUGGAGCUACCAAUUAUUUCUUCUCUCCAACGAAAGUCGCAGACUGGUUCUAUGACUCCAUUAGCAUUGUGCUGUCUGAGAUCCAGAAAAAGCCUCAACGAGGGAUGCCAAAGGUGGAGAAGGUAGAAAAGAAUGGGACUAUCAUAUCCAUCAUUUUGGGAGUGGGCAGCAGCCGCAUGCUGUACGACAUUGUCCCGGUGGUGUCCUUCAAAGGUUGGCCAGCUGUGGCCCAGAGCUGGCUGAUGGAGAACCACUUCUGGGAUGGGAAGAUCACAGAGGAGGAGGUCAUAAGUGGGUUUUACUUAGUGCCUGCCUGUUCCUACAAGGGGAAGAAGGACAAUGAAUGGAGGCUGUCAUUUGCCAGAAGUGAAGUGCAGUUGAAAAAGUGCAUCUCCAGCAGCCUCAUGCAAGCCUAUCAGGCCUGCAAAGCUAUCAUCAUCAAACUGCUGUCCCGCCCCAAAGCCAUUAGUCCAUAUCACUUAAGGAGCAUGAUGCUGUGGGCUUGCGACAGGCUACCAGCCAGCUACUUGGCCCAGGAGGAUUACGCAGCCCAUUUUCUCCUGGGUCUCAUUGAUGAUCUUCAGCACUGCUUGGUCAACAAGAUGUGUCCUAACUAUUUCAUCCCCCAGUGCAACAUGCUGGAGCAUCUCUCUGAAGAAACGGUCAUGUUACAUGCGCGGAAGCUGUCCUCAGUCCGCUCAGACCCUGCCGAACACCUUCGAACUGCCAUCGAACAUGUCAAGGCAGCCAACCGGCUAACACUAGAGCUCCAACGACGGGGCAGCACCACCAGCAUUCCCUCCCCGCAGUCAGAUGGAGGGGACACCAACCAGCCUGAUGACCGGUUAGCCAAAAAGUUGCAACAGCUAGUGACUGAGAACCCUGGGAAGUCCAUCUCAGUCUUCAUUAACCCAGAUGAUGUCACAAGGCCCCACUUCAGAAUUGAUGAUAAAUUUUUCUGAGCUUUCAUCAGUGUUUCUUGGGAUUUCUUUUUCUUUCGUUCUGUUUUUAAAAACUCCUGCACUGUGCAGGUUUUUUCUUUUAGUUUUCCUUGGUGACUUAGUCUCUUGUUUUUUACAUAUCCAGUAUAGAUUGGAUCUGUUGAGAAACAAUCUGAAUAAAUUAUAAUUCCUGGUUCUGCAGGACGGUGCAGAUUUAGAAACAGUAUAUUACUAUUUCAUAUGCUGCUUUAAGUUUUUCCACCCACCCAGCCCCAUUGUCUAUGAGUAGUUUCUAAAGGCAAAUAUGUGCCGUAAACACACAUGCCACAGUGUAAUGUAUUUUUUUUUCAAGCUUCCAUAAUUUAUGUACAUUGUUGCACCUGGGGAAGGGAAAACUCACCUUCCGUUGCUUCAGCAAUUCAAUUCUUUUUCCAUGAGCUUCCAUCACCCUAAAGAAACGAGGAGAGACUCCGGGUUGGAAAGCACUAUUGGUAAAUUGACGAGGCCAAAUCUACUGGGCUGAAGCCCAGUUCAUCUGUUCUUCACACUUCUUACACUAAGGGAGAAAGUUGACUUCAAAGAUGAUGAUGUAGCUUUUGGGGGAAAAGUUGUUUCUGUUUUGAUCUACUUUUUGAAUGUAAUUGUUCUUAACUGGACCUUGUGCAGUCCAGAGGGUUGUUUCUGCUGCUUUUCCAUGCAGAAUAAGGUUAUGGAAUGUUAGUUUUAGUGUGUGUAAUUAUUCAAAGCCUUAUUUAAAUUCUAUUAAAGAACAUACCAUUAUAAAUGUUAAUUGCACUAAUGAAAUCUCUGCCAUUACCUCAGUCCCACUGUUUGUGUUUCUUUCAUGAAUUAGCAUCUGUUAUUAGGUCUUAGGAUUGCAGAUUGCUUGAGGCCCCUUGGAUUCUUACAGUUUCAGGUGAUUUCUUGAUUGUCUGUUGUAAAAGGCUCUUCCUUGUUAGCCCUGCUACGUGUGAGAAAUCAGAUUUUUUGCAUUGACAUAUUUCUUUGGAUGCGUAUUGUGUGUUGCAGUGCAUAUUGCAUUAAUAUGUAUUGCAUGUGGUUGAAGCAGGUUCACCAUUAGAUAAGGAUGUAAUGCUAAAGCAGUGGUAUGUGCAAAGUGAAUCAGCCAGACCUCGAGCAAAGGAGCUGCCUUGCUUCUCUAAUGCAUGUAUUAGGCCUGAUCCUGUAUGGCAGUUACCAUUCCCUUGGCUCCUGUGGACUUUCUGACUUACCCUGGGACAUGCGAGAUCUUACUUUGGUAUCACAUUUUCAGAAGUUGUGUUUGUAUGUAAACUUGUGGUGCAACAGUAGCCUUGAAAAACACAUACGCUUUCCUUUUGUGUGUAGGAUAAGAUGUAUGGUAACAAGGGUUAGUCUGAGCCAAAAAUAAUUCCAAGAGUUCAAGGAUAGAUUGAAUUUUUUGUGGCUGGCUGGCCAGUGACUGAGAUUUAGGCCUUAAAUCAGCAAUUUGGGCUUACCGAUUAUCCCAGAGAAGCUGUUCUGAUCCAAACUUGAUGCAUGUUUUAAAAUGUGAUUAUUAGAGCAGGUUGAAGUAUUUUUAAAAUAUUUGACAGACAAAUGUGACGCAUAUCUAGUAAAUUCUAACAGAUAAAAAUUGUGUAUGAAAAAUGUGUCACUUUUUUAGCCCAGCCUUUCUGUUAAAGAAACCAGGCUGGUGGAGCAACACAACAGCAGCUUUGGAAACUGCUUUAUUAGAUGGCAGGGAGGUUUCAAUACUUGACCAAGUGCCCAAGUCAUGUCUUAAAACAAAACUGUGGCUCCUCCAUCUCUUGGGCAUAUUUGAAAACUUCACCCUGUUGCUGUAGCCAAGGUGUUCACAAUUACCUGAAUCUACUGGUACACACUCACAUGAACCUGAAGAAGCUCUCAGAAGUUGCUGACUAGAUGGAGUGGAUGAGGAUUUAACUUUAAAACACAAGUGGUUAGUGAUCAUGAGCCCUGGUGCAGCUGCAAUUAUGGUCCGGGGAAGGACAUGUGUUGACUUCAGUGGAAGCAGAACUGUGUCCUACCAGUGUGGCUCUGACCAAAGAUGAGUCUCCAUUUAAACCUGUGUAACCUGCCAGGGGAGGCAGGAGAACCAACUGGAAAUCCUCUCCAGAAGUGCUUGGAAAAUGCAGAUUCAUUGAAAUGGUCUUUUCCCCAGUCUUGGGACUUCUGUCUGUUGGAAAAAGAGUCUGGCCUCCAGGAUGAAGUUUCCCAUCACCACACGAGAGGGAUCUGCUCAGCACAAAGCAGCAGUAGCAUGGCAGACAGAGUCCCAGUGUCCGUGCCGGUGCUCCUGAGUUAUGCAGAAACACAGCAUUCCUCAUGCCAAUUUAACAUCCCAAUGACCAGCAGUUUGGCUAGCCCAUGUCAAGCUCUGGUGUGUGCUCCUUUUUUUGGUUUUAAUUAAAAAAAAUAUUGAAAACUA